CUUUAUUUUUAAUUUUAAUUAUUAUUAGAUAGUAGAAUAAUGGUGAUAUAUUGUGUUGUCCUCUACCUAAUCUAUGGUGUUGUCUGUUAUGAUUUAAAAAUGGAUUUGUGGCUUGCGACUUCCAAGUCUAAACUGCCUUUGAUGCAACCAGCUGAUGAACAACCUGGCUGCAGUAAAAACUUGGAAAAUGGAAAUCUUAUCCCUGAUAUCAUUGUUAGAGUCUCUACAGAUAAAAUACUUAAGGCUCAUGGUCAGCCAUCGAAAUAUAAGAAGAAAAAGUUAACGAAAUUUGUCUCUUCAUGGUUAAAUAUGCCCAAAUUUAGUGGUUGGCUGGCAAAAUCAGAAAAAAGAGAUGAUGCAAAUAAUGAAUAUGUUUUUUGCAAAGUAUGCAAUAGUGAAAUUAUUGCACACAAAAGUAUUUUGCUAAAACAUCAAGCAACGGAAAAACAUAAGACUAACUGGCAAAAAGUGUCUACCAGCACAAAAAUAACAGAUUAUGGCAUAGAAAACAAACACGAUGAAAAGGCUGUGAAGAAUGCGGAAUUAAAAUUAUGUGCUCUGUUAGCUAGUUAUAACCUACCAUUUUUAUUGAUGGAUACACUGCCUUCUCUCUUGAAAAAAAUUUUUCCCGAUUCGAAAAUAGCUCAAAAGUUAAAUAUUAAAAGAUUCAAAUCUACCAAUAUUAUGUGUGAAAGUCUGGGUAAAUCUUUUUUAGAUAAUUUGUAUGAUGCAUUAAGGAAGCCAGGUGUUUUUUUCUCAAUUAUAUUAGACGAAACAACUGAUAUAUCUAUUAAAAAACAGUGUGCGUUCUCUGUAAUAUACUUUGACACAGAUCGGAAUGUAAUUAAGAAUUCCUUUUUUGAUCUAUUUGAAACCAAAGGCUCUACAGCAGUUGAAUUAUAUGAUGCAUUAAGAAAUAAUUUAAUUUCUAAAGCUAUUCCCUUGACCAAUUUAGUAGGGUUUUCUUCUGAUACCACGAAUGUUAUGGUGGGGGAACAUAGCUCACUCUUUUCAAAUUUAAAAAAAGAUUUUCCCCAUAUAGUCUGUGUAAAGUGCUCUUGCCACAUGGCACAUUUAGCAGCAUCAAAAGCAUGCCUAAAGCUUCCUAAACAUGUAGAAGAUUUACUCCGAAAUAUUGGGAGCCAUUUUAACAGAAGCUCUUUACGCAGGAAAAAAUUUGAAGAAUUUCAAAUAUUUUUCCAUGUUAAAAUUCAUAAAAUUUUAUCCCCCUCCAUAACAAGGUGGCUUUCAAUAAAAUCAUGUGUGGAUAGGGUGCUUGAACAAUAUCAACCACUAAUUGCAUAUUUUAGAGAAUCACUAUUUGAAGAUCCAUCAUACAUUACAGAGAGUAUGUUAGAAGCUUUGAGUAACUCAUUUACUAUAAUUUACUUAGAAUUUAUGUCAUAUGUUUUAGGGCUCAUGACAGAUUUUAAUUUACUCUUUCAAUCAGAAAAAUCCUUACUUUAUAAAGUAAAACCGGAAACAGAAAACUUGUUAAGAAAUUUGUGUGCAAAUUUUAUUGAUAUUUCAGUAAUAAGAAAAACCUCUGAUAUUUUUAAAUUAAGCCAUAUUAAUCCCACCAACUUUUUACCACUGGAAAAAAUUUAUUUAGGAAUUUUAGCAUCAGAAAGCUUAAAAGAAUUAAAAAAAAAUCCCCAUAUUCCACAAGAAGAUUUUGAGACAUUUUUUAGAAGUAUUUUAGCCUUCUAUGUAGAAUUAGUAUCAAAUAUUAAAGAAAGGUUUCAAUUCAGUGAUCCCAUUUAUGAAAUUUUAAAGGUAGUAGAUCCUAAUGAAGCACAAUCGUUUAAUAUUAAAUCGGUAAACAACGUUUUAGAAAGAUUCCCUAUUUUAAAAGAUUAUGUGGAUUCUCAGGAAUUGGACAAUGAGUGGCGAAGACAUGCUCUUUUAAAUUUAGACGAUUUGCAAAUGUCAAUGAAUGAACCGGAUAUAUAUUGGGGUAAAAUAUUUAAUUUAAAAAAUGCUGCUAACGCACCGCUUUUUCCAAAUUUAAAAAAGAUGUUUUCGCUACUCCUUGUGCUUCCUUUUUCGAAUGCUAAAGUUGAGCGUAUUUUUAGCGACGUUUUCAAUAUAAAAACGGAUAAAAGAAAUCUUUUAAAUACAGAUACAGUACGAGCUAUUUUGGCAACAAAAGAAGGUAUUGAGGGUUGUGGGGGAUGUGUCAAUUUCACACCAUCAGAAAAAAUGCUACAAAGUAAAAUCUGGAAAAAAAAGGAUUCAGUGGGUAGUUAAAUUAUUACUAAUGUGUACUGUGUCUUCAUGUAUUCAUUUAGUAAUCCUCCAAUUUUUUAUUGAGAUUUGUAGAUUUUUUAUUUUGUCUUUCUCGUUUGUUUUGUAAACAAAGUUCCUAAUUCUUUAGUUCCUUAUGUAAACCAUAAAAAUGUUACUUUGGGAUAAAAAUGUUGAGUUGUUUUCUAUUUAUAUAGCUUUAAUAUUUCUGAAUU